AUGGGCGCUCCCUGCAGAUCUGCCUUGAGGCUGCAAACUGAACCAGGGGUGCAAAGUCUGUUGAUGGCGUCUGGAACGGGUGAAGUCUUCUGCUGCCGGCCUAUCGAUGAUCAGGCGUAUCGAACCAUCACCACCUUGUUGGGAAUGCUUUUCACUCGUCUGCCGUUCCGCUGCGGUCUGAAUCCCAGGGCCUAUCGCAGCGACGCGCAGAUCCAUCUGCUCACGCCGCGGAAGAAUAUCGAGGAUGCAGUGCUGCUGAAGAGCUUCGCCUUUCUGAGCCAACCGUUGCAGAACAGCAUUGCUGAGAAGAUGAGGCACCUGGGCAAAG